UAGCCAACGAGCAAGACCAUAAACUCAAUCAGUUCCUUUCCGUACACAUAGCGCGUCUGUUGGACUUGGCCGAAAAUUGCAAAAAAUUCAAAAUUCAAAAAUUUUUAAAAAUUUAUAAAUAAAAAUACUAUACAUAUAUGCAAUAUGGUGGCAUUUAGUAAACUCUUUCAUCCGCCACAUAAUUCUUUGCCAUGUUCAGAAUUGUUAUUACAUCAAGGUCAAACGUGUAAGCAACUUAUCUGGUGGAAUUGGUAUCGUUGCUCAGUGGGCAGUUUGAGAUAUUUUCUGCCAUUAGCUAUUUCACCACUUGUUCUUAGACCGAAAAGUUUAAAUACGCAAGCGCUUUUGAAUAUUCUACGCCACUAUUUGGAAACAUCGUUAUGGGGUGCAGCGGCAACUGCCUUCACUUUUAACGGCAUCUGUUUACUAAGAAAUCUGCUGGGGAGAUACUACUUAUAUACAGCCACCUGUUUGCCGGCAUACACAGCGUUUCAGUUGAGUUGGUUCUUUCCAGUACGCACCGUGCGACUCUUUAGCACUGCAACAACACAAUCGGCUUUGGAAACAUGGUUACGCAAACAAAACAACAUAAUUAGCAGAUCCCUGCCGUUACAAACCAUCAUAUUUAUGCUCUCCAGUGCCGUCAUAUUGCAUUUCAAGCGACGUGAGGAGUACAAUGGAUUUUGGUUUAUACAACCCAUUAAAAAUGUAGCAGCCCAAAAGAAUGAAGAAAAUUAUGAAGAUCUAAAAAAGUCAAGCAAUUGUUGUACUCAUGAAGGCAAAACCUGUGCUGAAUAUGUUUUGACCGGAAUGAAAGGAUACCUACUUUAUGGCAUACCCUUGGAUUUGAUGAGCAUCGUAACGAAAGGGAGGCUGCCACGUACCUGGAAGGAGUUGAAAAUGAUCCGUUUCCAAAUGACUGCUUUUUUUCUCUCCUACAUCGGCAUAUAUCGAUUGUCAAACUGCGUUUUAGCUCGCUACCCUUUUGAUGUUACCUAUCAACAUUUACUAUCUGCCGGUCUAGGCGGAAUUUCAUAUUUCUUCUUGGACAAACUUACAUUCAGCGCUUUGGCUUUUGUGAUAGCAGUGCAAGCAGCUUGGCAAUCCUAUUGCCAAAAACCCACUAAGAAGCCAGAGGAUAGGCUAUCAUCAUUUCUCAAAAGCAUACCAUUUGCCAAAUUAAUGAUUCAAGUUAAUAUUGCCUAUUUGGCACAUUGCUAUAUUUUCCAACAUGACACGAUGUCCAGCUUGGCGAAGGGGUUCUUUCGUGGCAUGACUGAUGACAGAUUUGAACGCAUUUAUCAAUUUUUGCUGAAUUCAUUGGCUGAACAUGAAAAAUCAUAGCUGUGAGCACGUCAAGAUGAGAUUGAGUUUGAGUUCGAUUUGUUAUAAAAAUAUAUGUAUUUAAUUUAAUUUAAGAAAUAGGUAAGAAGAGAGAGAUAAGUAUAUGAUUAAAAUGUGAAAAGUAAAAAAAAAAAAUGAUGUUAGAAAAUUA